CGCCGCCGCCGCCGCCGGUGAGAGCCAGAGGAGAGAAGAUGGGCGCCGUCCUGAGGAGCCUCCUGGUCUGCGGCUUGUGCUCCCUGACGAGAGGUUCUCCUCUGUUGCUAUAUGCAAAUCGGCGUGACCUGCGACUGGUAGACGCUGCACAGGUGAAUGAGAAUGCUACAGUUGUGGUGGGUGGCUUGGAGGAUGCAGCUGCUGUGGACUUUGUAUUCAUCCACAGCUUGAUAUACUGGAGUGAUGUAAGCGAAGAAGCCAUUAAGCGAACAGAAUUCAACAAAUCGGGAAGUGUGCAAAAUGUGGUUAUUUCUGGGCUUUUAUCACCUGAUGGGCUAGCUUGUGAUUGGCUAGGCGAAAAACUAUACUGGACGGAUUCUGAAACAAACCGGAUUGAAGUUUCCAAUUUAGAUGGAUCUUUGCGAAAAGUUUUAUUCUGGCAAGAAUUGGAUCAACCCAGAGCAAUUGCCUUAGAUCCUGCACGAGGGUUCAUGUACUGGACAGACUGGGGAGAAGUGCCAAAGAUAGAACGUGCUGGGAUGGAUGGCUCAAGCCGCUCAGUCAUAAUCAACGCAGAUAUUUAUUGGCCAAAUGGAUUGACCUUGGAUUAUGAAGAACAGAAGCUCUAUUGGGCAGAUGCUAAACUGAACUUCAUUCACAAAUCAAAUCUGGAUGGAACAAAUAGGCAAGCUGUCAUUAAAGGGUCCCUUCCACAUCCUUUUGCUCUGACAUUAUUUGAGGAUACACUGUAUUGGACUGACUGGACCACACGUUCUGUCCUGGCUUGCAACAAAUACACUGGGGAAAACCUGCGUGAAAUACAUUCCAACAUAUUUUCUCCCAUGGAUAUUCAUGUGUUCAACCAACAUCGACAGCCCAUUGCUACAAACCCAUGUGGAACCAAUAACGGUGGUUGCUCCCAUUUGUGUUUGAUGUCUCCCGUCAAGCCCUCUUAUCAGUGUGCAUGUCCCACAGGCGUGAAACUCCUUGAAAAUGAAAAAACCUGCAAAGAUGGUGCCAUGGAGCUGCUUCUAUUAGCCCGGAGAACUGAUUUGAGACGGAUAUCAUUGGACACUCCAGACUUCACUGAUAUUGUUUUGCAACUGGAAGAUAUUCGACAUGCCAUUGCUAUUGACUAUGAUCCUGUAGAAGGGUAUAUCUAUUGGACAGAUGAUGAGGUGAGGGCCAUCCGGCGCUCUUUCAUUGAUGGGUCGGCUAGUGAGUUUAUUGUCCAAGCACAAAUUGCACACCCUGAUGGCAUUGCUGUGGACUGGAUUGCCCGUAAUCUUUAUUGGACUGAUACCGGCACGGACCGCAUUGAAGUAACAAGGCUUAAUGGAACCAUGAGGAAGAUCUUGAUCUCAGAAGACUUGGAAGAACCUAGAGCUAUAGUUUUGGAUCCCAUGGUUGGCUAUAUGUACUGGACUGACUGGGGAGAGAAUCCAAAGAUUGAGAGAGCUGCAUUAGAUGGAUCAGACAGAAUUGUGUUGGUGAAUACUUCUCUCGGCUGGCCAAAUGGCUUGGCUCUGGAUUAUGUUGAAAACAAGAUAUACUGGGGAGAUGCCAAAACAGACAAAAUUGAGGUCAUGAACACAGAUGGAACUAGCAGGAGAGUCCUUGUGGAGGAUAAGCUUCCUCAUAUCUUUGGUUUCACUUUGUUGGGGGACUAUAUUUAUUGGACAGACUGGCAGAGGCGAAGCAUUGAGCGAGUUCAUAAGCAGACAGCGGAAAGGGAGAUCAUCAUAGACCAGCUUCCUGACCUCAUGGGUCUGAAGGCUGCAAAUGUCCACCAGAUACUUGGUACCAAUCCCUGUGCAGAGGCGAAUGGGGGUUGUAGCCACCUUUGCCUGUACAGGCCUCAGGGUUUGCGCUGUGCCUGCCCCAUAGGCCUGGAGCUUAUAAGUGACAUGAAGACCUGCAUAGUCCCAGAAGCUUUCCUGCUGUUUUCUCGCAGAGCAGAUAUCAGGCGGAUCUCUCUUGAGACUAACAACAACAAUGUUGCCAUCCCACUCACAGGAGUUAAAGAAGCUUCCGCUCUGGAUUUUGAUGUAACUGACAAUCGCAUAUAUUGGACAGACAUUUCAUUAAAGACCAUCAGCAGAGCAUUCAUGAAUGGUAGUGCCUUGGAGCAUGUAGUUGAGUUUGGCUUGGAUUAUCCGGAAGGCAUGGCUGUGGAUUGGCUUGGAAAGAACCUGUAUUGGGCCGAUACUGGAACAAAUCGUAUUGAAGUGUCAAAGUUAGAUGGGCAGCAUCGCCAGGUUCUAGUGUGGAAGGAUUUGGAUAGUCCUCGGGCGUUAGCACUGGAUCCUGCUGAAGGAUUCAUGUACUGGACAGAAUGGGGUGGAAAGCCCAAAAUUGACAGAGCUGCCAUGGAUGGUAGUGAACGUACAACAUUGGUGCCGAAUGUGGGACGGGCUAAUGGGCUGACAAUUGAUUAUGCUAAAAGAAGAUUGUAUUGGACUGAUUUGGAUACCAACCUAAUUGAGUCUUCAAAUAUGCUAGGUCUUGACCGUGAUGUUAUAGCAGAUGACUUGCCUCAUCCAUUUGGUCUGACUCAGUACCAGGAUUACAUCUAUUGGACAGACUGGAGCCGGCGAAGCAUUGAACGUGCCAACAAGACCAGUGGCCAAAACAGAACUGUCAUCCAAAACCACUUGGAUUACGUGAUGGAUAUCCUAGUAUUCCAUUCAUCCCGUCAAGCAGGCUGGAACGAAUGUGCUUCCAGUAAUGGGCAUUGUUCCCACCUCUGCUUGGCAGUGCCUGUUGGUGGUUUUGUCUGCGGAUGUCCAGCUCACUAUUCCUUGAAUUCUGACAACAGAACAUGUAGUGCCCCUACCAGUUUCUUGCUCUUCAGUCAGAAGAAUGCAAUAAAUCGCAUGGUAAUAGAUGAGCAGCAGAGUCCAGAUAUUAUACUUCCAAUCCAUAGCCUCAGGAACAUCCGAGCCAUUGACUAUGACCCUGUAGACAAGCACCUGUACUGGAUUGACUCUCGGCAAAACAUUAUCAGGAGGUCACAGGAAGAUGGCAGCCAGAGCUUUACAGUUGUGAUGAGUCCAGUUCCAAAUCAGAACCUAGACAUACAACCCUAUGAUCUGAGUAUUGACAUCUACAGUCGUUAUGUUUAUUGGACUUGUGAAGCCACAAAUGUAAUCAAUGUUACACGCCUGGAUGGAAGGCUGAUGGGGGUGGUGCUGAAAGGAGAUCAGGAUAGGCCCAGGGCCAUUGUUGUGAACCCAGAAAAAGGGUACAUGUAUUUCACCAAUCACCAGGAGAGGUCUCCUCCUAAAAUAGAAAGGGCUGCAUUAGAUGGAACUGAACGUGAGGUCUUAUUUUCCAGUGGACUGAGCAAGCCUGUAGCCUUGGCAAUUGACAACCAGUUGGGGAAGCUAUUCUGGGCAGAUUUUGACCUCCGGAAAAUUGAGAGCAGUGACCUUUCAGGAGCCAAUCGGAUAGUCUUAGAAGAUACCAACAUACUACAACCAGUAGGGCUGACUGUGUUUGAAAACUGGCUGUACUGGAUUGACAGACAUCAACAGAUGAUUGAAAAGAUCGACACAACACUUCGAGAGGGACGUAUGAAAGUUCAGGCUCGUAUUACGCAGCUCAGUGAUAUUCAUGCUGUUAAGGAGCUCAACAUGCAGGAGUACAGACUACACCCUUGUUCCCAAGAUAAUGGCGGUUGCUCACACAUUUGUAUUGUUAAGGGUGAUGGAACGACACGUUGUUCCUGCCCUGUGCACCUUGUCUUGCUUCAGGACGAACUUUCUUGUGGAGAACCACCAACAUGCUCUCCUCAGCACUUCACAUGUUUCACAGGGGAGAUUGACUGUAUUCCUGCGGCUUGGCGCUGUGAUGGGUUCACUGAAUGUGAAGAUGCCAGUGAUGAAAAGAACUGCCCUGUGUGCUCAGAGUCCCAGUUCCAGUGCGAGAGUGGCCAGUGCAUUGACAGUAUACUUCAGUGCAACGGAGAAGCAAAUUGUCAGGAUAGCUCAGAUGAAAAGAAAUGUGAAGUGCUUUGUUUAACAGAUCAGUUCCGAUGUGCCAGUGGGCAGUGCAUUGGGAAAAACAAGAAAUGUGACCACAACUUUGACUGCAGUGAUAGCUCUGAUGAACAGGGAUGCUACACAACAGAGGAACCAGCCCCGCAAGCCACCAAUACGAUAGGUUCUAUCAUUGGUGUGAUUCUCACAGUUUUUUUGGUUGGUGCUAUGUACUUUGUUUGCCAGAGGGUAUUGUGUCAGCGCAUGAAAGGGGAUGGAGAAACAAUGAGCAAUGACUAUGUCGCGCAUGGACCAGCUUCUGUACCUCUGGGCUAUGUGCCUCACCCAAGCUCUCUCUCUGGAUCUCUUCCUGGAAUGUCCCGUGGCAAAUCUGUGAUCAGCUCACUCAGUAUUAUGGGUGGAAGUAGUGGACCUCCAUAUGAUAGGGCCCAUGUUACUGGUGCAUCAUCCAGCAGUUCUUCAAGCACCAAGGGCACUUACUUCCCUCCAAUUUUGAAUCCUCCUCCAUCACCAGCUACUGAGCGUUCACAUUACACUAUGGAAUUUGGUUAUUCUUCAAAUAGUCCUUCUACCCAUCGAUCGUACAGUUACAGGCCAUACAGCUACCGGCAUUUUGCCCCUCCCACUACGCCAUGCAGCACGGAUGUUUGUGACAGUGACUACGCCCCCAGCCGUAGAGUGAUGGCAACUGUGGGAAAGGGUUACACCAGUGAUUUGAACUAUGAUUCUGAGCCUGUGCCCCCACCGCCCACCCCACGCAGCCAGUACUUAUCGGCAGAGGAGAACUAUGAGAGCUGCCCCCCAUCCCCAUACACAGAACGGAGUUACUCUCAUCACCUCUAUCCUCCCCCCCCUUCGCCUUGCACAGACUCCUCAUGAGAGACUCCCUCCCUCCUUUGACUGCCUCCAACCCACCAGUGUAAAUACUAAUUGUCCUUAUCGAGAGGGGGGAGGACAUGAGGCAGUAGUGUGUACAGCUGAAAAUUAUUAAAUGAGGGUGGGGGUUAUAUUGCAUAUAUCUUGUACAGAAAGGGGGGUGGGGAGAGAGAGAAGGUUAUUUAUAUAUUUUCCUAAAACAGUUUGCUGCUUUGUGCCAUAAGAAAAUUUUAAAAUUUGUAUACGAAGUUUGUCAUUUAUUUUUCCAAAUGGAACACAAGAAGAUGCCUUAAAAUUUGUGAAGUGACUGAGCACAUAGGGAAAUAGAAGGAUCAAGGUUGUGUUGCUGUUCAAUGAGCCAAACACCAAAAAAGGAAAAGAAGAGAGCUUUUGACAAGGAAUAGAACUAAGGGAACCGAUCAUAAAGCAGCAUAUAUAAACGUCUUCAAAGAGCUGAAUAACCUCUGGCAUUUGCUCUGAUGGACCAGCAAUUCAAAUUAAACCUGAAGAAAACUGAUAACUAAUGGUACAUAAACCGGACAGAUAACUAAUGGUACACAAAGGGCUUUAUUCUCAGAA